UAAUUUGGUUAAAUUUUGAUCACACUUUCAGAUUUGACAGAUACAAACACGUUAGGUUCUGUUUGAAGAAUUUUCAAAUCUGUAACUUUCGCAGUACAGAACAUUUUUGAGCCGUAUGCGUCUAUAAAUUGAUUAAAAUUUAAAGAAUUAUUUGUUAGCAGGUUUUCAUCGAAAGCACUAUGGAAGAAUACAGUAGAGAACCGUGUCCCUGGAGAAUUGUUGAUGAUUGUGGUGGAGCGUUUACUAUGGGCCUUAUUGGAGGUGGUGUAUUUCAAAGUAUUAAAGGAUUUCGGAACGCACCUUCCGGCAUUAGUCGUAGAUUUAUUGGAAGUUUAACAGCAAUCAAACAAAGAUCUCCUAUCAUAGCUGGUAAUUUUGCAGUUUGGGGUGGCAUGUUUUCGACAAUUGACUGCGCUCUGAUUCACAUACGAAAGAAAGAGGAUCCAUGGAAUUCUAUCAUUAGUGGUGCAGCUACAGGAGGAAUUUUAGCGGCGAGAAACGGCUUACCGGCAAUGGCAGGAAGUGCUCUCAUUGGUGGAAUGCUGUUAGCCCUAAUUGAAGGCGUUGGUAUUAUGUUUACGCGUUUAUCUGCAGAACAGUUUCAACCACAAUUGCCACCAUUAGAAGAUCCCACACAGUUGGGACCGUUGCAGACCAAUUCUUUUCAGUAGUGUACUUAUAAGAGAUAGUAAAAUAAAUUGUGAUCUUUUUAACAUUUCGUUACCUUGUAAGUUUUUAUUUAGUAAUUGUACUGCGAAAGUAAAGUAGGUAGUAUAUGCAACGUGUGUAUAUAACAAAUAAAGAAAUUGUUAUAAGUAUUUUUUUGCAA